AUGGACUACGUUCAACCCACCUUUCAGCACUUUUCGCAACAUCCUAGCCAUGACCAAUUAAUCUCUCAAAUGACAUCAGGCGGGAUCUACAACGACCAUCAAUACGGAUAUUCGAUACCGCAGCAUCAACCCAAUAUGAUGAACAUGGCUACUGGACAAAAAACCAAUGAGACGAAACCUCGUCUAGGAAAGGAUGAAGUUGACAUCUUGGAGUUUGAAUUCAACAAGAACCCAAAGCCAACCACUCAAACUAAGCGUGGUUAUGCUGAUACCAUGGGUGUCGAGUUGUCAAGAAUCAAUAACUGGUUCCAGAAUCGUCGAGCCAAACGCAAGCAAGAGAAGAAAACGGAAGCAUAUGAGGCUGGUCAAGCGCGGGAAGCAUUGGGAUACUCAGUCUCCGCGCCUUCAUCUCCGGACUUUCCUCAAAGCAAUUACAAUAUCGACUAUCCAAUGGUGCCACAACAAUCCUCUUCGAUGUCAUUUCCUACAUCCGGUCCUCCACCAGCCACGGCACCUUAUAAUCCCCAAUAUGCAGAUCCCACCAACGCGAGUAUGCAGUCUCUCCAGCGUGCCAUGGCUUCUGCUCAACCUGUCAAUCAAAAUGGAGAGUUCUCAGGCAACUUUAACGUACAUCACAACGAUCCUCUUCAGCUCGCAAAUAUGCUAGGUAUGGGAGAGACUUCUGAUCUUGAUCGUGCUCCGUUCCCAACUGCCAAUGCCUUUGAUUACGACGGUUCCUUCAAUUUUCAGCCUGCAUUCAAUCAAAAUAUAUUCGAUGAACCAGAGCAAUUAGAGCCAUUUGGCACCGGCGAAUCUGGUCAUACACCAACAGCAUUUAAUACAUUCUCUGAUGAUAGCACUACAAGGUCGCUCUCUACAGUUUCCGCUUCGUCUCAACCUUUCACCGGUGCUGUCACAUACAGACCGGCAAAAAUCCCAUCUGUAGACGACACUAGCGACGAAACAUCACUUCAAUUCUCAUCCCCUCCGCCCUCCUCGAGAUCGUUCAAGUCACCACGUCCUCCAACAGAUAUAGUCGCCAGGCGGAAGAAGGUCCAGGUCAAACCAGCCGCCUUGGGAACUGAUACGAUGAGAAGUAGACCACCAAUGGGACCACGCACUGUAUCAAAUGUAGAUGGGUUCCGUCGCCAAGUUGCCAGUCCUCUGCCUUCACCCAUGCGCAGGAUUGUCUCGGCUGGGGGAAAUGUUCUUACUGGUCGUAUUCAAAAGCCUGGAAUAGAGUCUGCGCAGAGGUCACCUAUUAACAUACACGGAUUCGAAAAUGCUAGUUCCUUCAUGGAGCAAAAUUACCACAUGAUCAACCAACCUAGCUUAACAGCCGGCUCAUCUCUCACGAGUAGCUUGGCACCGCCAACUCCAAUGUCGCCUAGAGAGAGACAGAUGACACUGAAAAGGGAAAACUCAUCGUCUCACGAAGAUGAUUUGAAUUUCAUGUUCGAUUUGUCGAGCAGCCAUGAUGGUCUUCCCACUUUGAUAGACCCUAAUCAGAUCACCGACCAAACGCCCCCAGAGACACCACAAGCCUCAUUAGUACUCCAACAAACAAACACAUCCGGAUGGCCAAAUAACAUUGAGCACAACAACACAGAGCAGCAUUGGAAUUACGAUAUUCCAGAUGAACCUCUCUACACACCCAGCCACGAUCAUUUCGCUGCCGAAUUAUCAAUGCCUCAACCUUCGUAUGCUAGCCAACCAGUAACACCUGCUUUUGGCAGUUUCAAUCAAGGAGGUCCCCUUCUAGGCAACGGUCAUGAUUCUCCACAGUUCAACAAUAAUGCCAGCCCUUUAUACACAUUGUCGAAUGGCGGAUCUGCUGAAUACUCCUUUCCACAUGAUGCACUCGCACAAUUUUCGAACAUUGGCUUGGUAGGCAGCUCUCCAACCAUGACGACGAAGCAGAAACAAUAUCAAUUCUCCAAUGUCACUCCCGCUGACUAUUCGGAGAAAUAA